AUGUUCUCUAGACCUACCUGGAGUCUGGUGCUGAGAAAAGGAGGACUCGAAAUACGAGGGAUACACAGCCCCGGAGGCACUGCCCCAAGUGAGAGGAAGAUGCCCCCGUACACCAGCUACCACGCCCAACGCUCCUACCCGAUGCCAGACGAGCCCUUCUGCACAGAGCUCAGCGCUGAACAGCUAGACCUGAAGGAGAAGGAGAAGGGCUGCUGGACCCAGCUGACUCAUGCCGAGAAGGUGGCCCUAUACCGGCUCCAGUUCCAUGAGACCUUCGCAGAGAUGAACCGUCGCUCCAACGAGUGGAAGACAGUGAUGGGCGGAGUCUUUUUCUUCUUUGGAUUCACAGCUCUGUUGAUGUGGUGGCAGCGGGUCUAUGUGUUCCCCAAGAAGCCCAUCACCCUGAUGGAUGAAUGGAAGGCCCAGCAGCUCCAGCGCAUCCUGGAUAUGAAGGGCAACCCUGUGCAAGGCCUGGCUGCCCGCUGGGACUACGACAAGAAGGAGUGGAAGAAGUGA